AUGGAAACUCGAUAUCAUGAGCAUGCAGAAGCAAAAUGGUUUUUGUCAAAGAUUCAGGAUGAAUUUAGAGGUGGAAAAAUCAGCGUUGAAAAUACUUACAAAUUGCUUGAAAAACUUAAUAUUCCAUGCAGCUUUUCUCAUGUGAAAAAUGUUUUUAAGGACAAUGACAUACAGAGACAAGGGAAAAUCACCAUAGAAGAGUUUAGAGCCAUUUAUCGGUGUAUUGCACACAGAGAAGAAAUUAUUGAGAUUUUCAACACGUAUUCUGAAAACCGGAAAAUUCUUUCUGAAAAAAGUCUGACUGAAUUUUUAACCCGAGAGCAGUAUGAACUGGAGUUAAAUUACUCCAUUUUAACUGAGAUCAUCCAAAAGUAUGAGCCCAUUGACGAAGUGAAGAAUAAAGGGCAGAUGUCGUUUGAAGGUUUUGCAAGAUACAUGUCUUCACCAGAAUGUCUGCUAUUUAAAGAAAAGUGUAAAACAGUCUAUCAAGAUAUGAAUCAGCCAUUAAAUGACUAUUUUAUUUCAUCUUCUCACAACACAUAUUUGGUAUCUGAUCAAUUAGUGGGAUCAAGUGACAUUUGGGGAUAUGUAAGUGCCCUUGUGAAAGGCUGCCGCUGUCUGGAAAUUGACUGCUGGGAUGGAGCACAAAAUGAACCUAUAGUGUACCAUGGUUACACGUUGACCAGCAAGCUUCUCUUCAAAACUGUUAUCCAAGCAAUAAACAAGUAUGCCUUCAUGUCAUCUGAGUACCCAGUGGUGCUGUCCUUGGAGAACCACUGCUCCCCUGGCCAGCAGGAAGUGAUGGCUGACAUUCUGCAGAGUACCUUUGGAGACUUCCUGCUCUCUGAUAUGCUUGAUGAGUUUCCAGAUAGACUACCAUCUCCAGAGGCACUAAAAUUCAAAAUAUUAGUGAAAAAUAAAAAAAUAGGAACCUUAUUGGAAACCCGUGAGAGGAAGGGAACUCAAAAACAUGGCCAGGUGUUAGAGUUAGAAGAAGAUGUAUAUGAAGAUGAUGAAGAUGAAGUAACAAGUGGAACAGAAACACAAGACGUCUUUUUCUCACGGCUCCACAGGGCAAAGGAGUUAAGUCUCUCAAAGCUGACUGGAGGAGUACUUGCCACCAAAAGGAGCAGGAAGCUAAGAAUAGCUCUGGCCUUAUCUGAUCUUGUCAUUUACACUAAAGCCGAGAAGUUCCGGAGCUUACAAUAUUCAAGACUCUAUCAGCAAUUUAACGAGAAUAGUUCUAUUGGCGAGUCUCGAGCUCGAAAACUUUCAAAACUGAGAGCACAUGAAUUCAUUUUCCACACCAGGACAUUCAUCACCAGAGUUUACCCAAAACUUAUCAGAGCAGACUCUUCUAACUUUAACCCUCAAGAGUUUUGGAAUGUAGGCUGUCAGAUGGUGGCCUUGAAUUUCCAAACCCCUGGACUGCCUAUGGAUUUGCAGAAUGGGAAAUUUUUGGAUAACGGAGGCUCUGGAUAUAUUUUGAAGCCAGACUUUCUAAGAGAUACAACCCUCAGCUUUAACCCAAAUGAAACAUCAGGAAAUGGCCGCCCAAUUACCCUCACAAUACGACUCAUCAGUGGGAUCCAGUUGCCUGUCAGCUUGUUCCCUGGCAAAGAUGACACAUUAGUGAUUGUGGAGGUGUACGGUGUUCCAAAUGACCACAUAAAACACCAGACUCGUGUUGUUAAGAAAAACGCUUUCAGUCCGAGGUGGAAUGAAACAUUUACAUUUGUUAUUCAAGUGCCAGAACUAGCACUGAUACGUUUUGUUGUUGAAAAUCAAGGCUUUAUAACAGGAAAUGAAUUUCUCGGGCAGUACACUUUACCAGUUCUUUGCAUGAACAAAGGUUAUCGUCGUGUUCCUCUGUUUUCCAAAGCAGGUGCAAACCUUGAACCUUCUUCACUGUUCAUUUAUGUUUGGUACAUCAGAGAGUGA